CUGCAACAUGCAAGCCACCUGGAUGGUCUUGAUGACCAUUGGAUUGUUGUGGACAGGUGGUCAUUCCCAGCAGUUCGUGAAUCUGGUCAAAUCGCUGGAGGCUAGUGAAGAAUCGUGGGAAACAUUGCGUUUAGCGAUCACGCAGAAACUGGAAGAGACCGGGACCACGUACGAUGCUUCAUCCAUCAUUCACAACCUGUUCGCGGCAAUUAAAUCUUCGUCCUUCCCUACGGCCGUUGCGACCAACAUCAGUCAACGAUGUAUAGAAGACAGCCAGUAUUACGUACACAAUCUCUAUGCAAAUCGGAGUCUGUGGGCCUUACAGAUGCAAGAAUCAAGCGGGCAAUUGCCACCGGGAUUGUUCGGAGCUGGGAAUUAUCACGCAGAUGGAUUAUUUGAUGAAUGUCAGGCGGUUCGUGCGCCCUCGUUCAACGGUCAAUAUUGCAGCGUCUACUUCAAACCGGCCCUUGUCGACGAGUCUGAACUUGUCCAACCGGUGCUGGAGCAGAACAGCCGCAGCAAUUUCAUAACAAUUUUCCAGCUUUUGGGCAUCUUAGGACAAAGUUCAGAAAGAGUUGAACCCAAAUUAUCCGGUGCUACUUCCGGCACUUACGUUUUGCCCAGCGUCAGUUUCUGUUUGCCAUCGUCUUGCAGCGCUGAUGACCUGGGACAGGCCAUUGCCCAACUCGUUGGUUCUUACGUCUUCGGUAAUUAUUCCAUCGAGACCGUGACUGAUGAACAGUACUGUUUCAAAGAAGAGAGAGAUCCACCUUCGUUCGAUGGUCCCGACAUUACAGUCAUAAUUUUGCUGAGCCUUAUUGGAUUGCUGGUUAUGUCAGCGACGAUUCACGAAGCCUGGCGGAUGUACCGCGAAAUUGCUUUUGAUUCCAAGACGGACGGACCGUUCGUGAAUUCUUUGCAUUGUUUUUCAGCUCUGAGCAACGGCCGUAAAAUCUUGUCGAUGAAACAAUCAAAAUCGAACGAUAACUUUGGUUGCAUUCACGGCAUUCGAUUCUUUUCUACCUGUUGGGUCGUUAUCGGACACACCUGGAUCUUAGGUGCCUACAAAUCCAUGAAUCCCAGGGCGGUUAAAACGGACGCUUUCACAUGGGGAAUGCAAAGCCUCGCUAAUGGCACCGUGUCAGUUGACACAUUUUUCUUGAUGAGUGGCUUGUUGGUUUCUUUCCUUCUGCUUCGUGAACUCGAUCGCAACAAUGGGAAGUUCAACGUUGGUCUUUACUACCUUCAUCGAUAUUUGAGAUUGACACCAGUGUAUGCUCUGAUCCUCGGUUUCAUAGCCACGCUCAUGGUUUACCUCGGCACCGGUCCCAAUUGGUACAGCGUGAGUUUGGCAUCGGCCGGAUGUCGCAUCGUCUGGUGGAAGCACUUUCUCUACAUUACCAAUUUAUUUCCUGGGGAUCCUGAUAUUUCCUGCAUGGGGCAAACGUGGUACCUGGAGGUGGAUAUGCAACUCUUCGUUGUUGCCCCACUUUUCAUUUAUCCGCUUUGGCGAUGGAGGAGGAUGGGCCUCGUUUGGUUGGCCACCGUUACAUCGGCCUGUCUAGCAUCAAUCUUUGCCGUUUACGCCGUUUACAACCUGUUGCCAACUUUGAUGUUCACUCGAGUUGGGGAUGUUUCAACUUCGGCUGAUUAUUUCAAUCAUUACUACGUGAAACCGUGGACCAGAGCUCCUCCGUACCUGGUUGGCAUCUGGUUCGGAUGGUACUUGCACGUGACCAAACAAUCAGUAGUUCGGCUGCCCAAAAUAUUAGUAGCUUUAGGAUGGACAUUGUCCACAAUUGUUGCGUUGGCCAUCAUUUACGGGAUGACACCAUACGUCGAUCGUUCGCAAGUUCCCGAAAUCAGUUCCGCCGUCAGCAUGGCGUACGGUCCCAUACAUCGAUUCGCUUGGGGUAUCGUCAUUGGUUGGAUCAUCUUCGCCUGCUCCAGAGGCUAUGGAGGCUUCGUGAACAGAUUUCUGUCGUGGAAGGGAUUUGUACCGCUCGGUCGGUUGACCUAUUGCGUCUACCUCAUUCACUACGAUUACCUGAACGUAUUUUACGCAGCAGUGAGGAAGCAGUACUAUUACACGAUGCUCGGACAGUUCACGACAUGUUUCGGUGUGCUCGUCAUUUGCUUUUGUUUGGCUUUCGCCACAGCUGUUACACUAGAAGCAUCUUUCUUGAAUUUGGAGAAACUCUUCUUUGCUCCUAAACCUAAAAGUCUGUCAUCAAGAGAUUGUGAUGUUCCUAUAGCGAUGUGUGAUAUUACUUCGUUUUCUACGUACGUCGAUGCUCGGAUGUAAUCAUGCGA